AUGGAGCAGGACCACGUGCUAGCUGGUCCUGGGGGAUCCCAGGCGGCUGCAUCAUCAUCUUCUUCGGUGGUGCAGCCUCUUAGCGCUAGGCGGCGACACCGGCCCGCUACCACCACCGACACCACAUCGACUGACUGUACUGGUGCCUCGGGGGCACCUCUAGUAUUGUCAUAUCCCUUUGCAGCCAAGAGGAACACCCGAGGGCCGUGUCGGCAGCUGAAGACGGCAAAGGUCACCCGGGUGACCAACAGUCGUAUCAGCAUCGGAUAUGACGAGCGCCAUCGGGCUGCACCGACGGCGGACUUGCAUAGCUCCUUGGCCCACGACAUUGGCCACGUCGUUCGGACCCAUUGCCCGAUGCCAUGGAAGUCUUUGAAGGUCAUGCCUGACGAGAUCAAGAUGCAAGUUCGCGGCCAGUUGUCGACGAACUACCACUUAGAGGACAUCAACGAGGAGACCUUGGCGUACGUCAACAGACUCUUCGGUGAGAGGUACAAGCAGUGGAAGAACGACUUCCACCACCAUUUUCAGGCGUUUGAUGAUCCGCAAGUCGCUCUUCAGGAGAGUUGCCCGAAGGAGCUUGAGGGGCGGGAGGAUAGUUGGGCGUGGCUCUGCGCUCAUUUUCAGGCGCCCGAUUAUGUGAAUAAAGCCCAAGUGAAUAAGGGCAAUAGGAAGAAGAAGACUCUUCUCCACCAUUCCGGCUCCAGGCCCUUCUCAUAUAGGAUGGAUGCACGGCGUCGGGGGGGGUCGAAAUUCCCAGAGAUCGACGUCUUUGGUGACGUUUAUGUUCGACCUGGGAAUGAGUUGGCCAAGUCCCUUCAUACGACGAUGGUGGAGAGGAGCCAGUUGGUUCUUCAAGAGUCCGCCUCCCAACUUCCUCUCGAGACUCCGAUCGAGUCUGUGGAUCCUCCGCAUGAUGCUGGAUUUCAUAUCAGACUCUCGGGAGGAGGCCGGGAACGUAUUGUAGGGGGAUGGGGAAUGCCCGACAGAGGGAACCUCGACCGCGGUCAUCGUCGCAGGCAAACAGUCAGGUGA